GCUAUGCAGAUCAGCGAGGAUAUGCUACCAAACAUUCCGUCGCUUUCUGAUGAUGUAGUUAAAAGUUUAACAUCUGUAUUUACAGAUUCAAAAUUGAAAGUUAUUGCCGAUUCAGCUAACCAUAUCAGCAAUAUAUGCGCAUGUCGUCGCAUUUAAUAAGCCCAGUUUUAGAAUUUAGGUUAAACUGUCUUUGCGAAAGAAGCUUCGUUGCAAAAGGAGAUUUCCUCUUCAUCUGAAGAGCAAGGAAACUUUAAAGCAGGUAGAGUGCAGAUUUAGGCGAAUAGGUUAGGGAUAGGGUAAUCGCGUUUGUCACGAGUAGUGGUCGUGUGGUCACAUUCUGUGGUCACGCGUAGUAACAGGUUAAAAAGACAAAUUUGCGAAAAGUAGGCACAUUUUAUAAGAAUGACAGAGGUAUCAAAAGAAGAGUUUGGCGUAAUACCUGGACAAGGAAAUGUGGAAAAAUGGAAGUUAAAGUCGCAAAGCGUCACGGUAGAAAUAAUAUCACUUGGUUGCAUUAUAACAUCUUUGAAGACCAAAGACAAGAAUGGGGAAAUGGACGACAUCGUGCUGGGGUUUGAUAGCCUUGAAGGGUAUCUGACAAAUCCCAGAUACUUUGGAGCUGUUGUUGGGCGGGUGGCCAAUAGGAUUGCUGGGGGGAGGUUCGCCAUCGAUGGGAGGGAGUAUCAGCUGGCCGUCAAUAACGCACCGAAUGCUCUCCACGGGGGACUGAAGGGCUUCGACAAGGCCGUGUGGGAGUGUGAAGGCACAGCGGAUGGUGUGAGGCUGUCUCUGAUCAGUCCGGCAGGGGAGGAGGGCUACCCCGGGGAGCUAAGUGCCUCCGUCACCUACUGCCUGCUGGGAAACACCCUCACCGUCCAAUACCAGGCCACCGCCAGCCAGGCCACGCCUAUCAACCUCACCAAUCACUCCUACUUCAACCUGGCUGGACAUGGGACCCCAGACAUAUAUGACCACCAGGUGUCAAUCAAUGCAGAUGCCUACCUGCCUGUGGAUGACACCAUGAUUCCUACAGGGGAAGUCAGGGCUGUGGAAGGCACGCCCUUUGACCUCAGAAAGCCCGUGCUGAUUGGGCUGCGAUUAGAGGAAGUCCCAGGACCAGGUUUUGACCACAACUUCUGCCUGUCCUCUCCUGGGGCCCCCCCACAGGAACGGCCCUGCGCCAGGGUGUACCACGCACAGAGUGGCCGGGUUUUGGAGGUGAGCUCCUCACAGCCUGGGGUGCAGUUCUACACUGCCAACUUCCUGGACGGAAGCCUGCGUGGGAAGGGCGGGGCCACCUACCCCAAACACAGCGCCCUCUGCCUGGAGACACAGAACUGGCCUGACGCGGUCAACCAGCCCCACUUCCCCAACGCCCUACUGAAGCCUGGAGAGACCUACAGUCACACUACCCGCUUCUGCUUCAGCUUCAUCUGAGGCCUACAGCCACACCACCUGCUUCAGCUUCAGAUCUGAGACCUACAGCCACACCACCUGCUUCAGCUUCAGAUCUGAGACCUACAGCCACACCACCUGCUUCAGCUUCAGAUCUGAGACCUACAGCCACACCACCUGCUUCAGCUUCAGAUCUGAGACCUACAGCCACACCACCUGCUUCAGCUUCAGAUCUGAGACCUACAGCCACACCACCUGCUUCAGCUUCAGAUCUGAGACCUACAGCCACACCACCUGCUUCAGCUUCAGCUCUGAGACCUACAGCCACACCACCUUCUUCAGCUUCAGAUCUGAGACCUACAGCCACACCACCUGCUUCAGCUUCAGCUCUGAGACCUACAGCUACACCACCUGCUUCAGCUUCAGACUGCAGUUUUGAUUGGCCUGUGCAUGCAUCUGUAUACGUAAUGGAUGUAAUGUAUAAUGUAUCUGUAUAGAAACGUUUUAAUGACCAGCUCAAAGUUACCCAUAGACAUUUUUGUUCAUUCCACUCAACACCGGCAAGUACAUCUACUCAGUCCCUCCUAACGAGCAGGACAUUGAGGCUAAUGUACGCCCUCACCUGACUGAGAGAAUGAGCAUCAGGCGGAUCCUGUGGUCUGGUAUAACGAGGCUAACGAGGCUAUACCUGGCCGACCUGCAGGGAUCAUCUACCAGUCCUUUGUCUUCAGAUAGAGACACAAAUAAAAGGCAGUAAAUUAAAUUAUGCUUGAACAUGCGGCUCUAGUUUGUGACUUCUCCUCCAGGUCGACUGAAUACUGCAACCAUAACACUGAAUACUGCAAUCAUAACAAUAGGUUUGAAAUCAACAUGUUUUUUCUCAACUUGCCCAAUUGUAAACUACAAACUGCCAGUGAGGCUGGAUGUGAGCAGGUCUGUCCGUUGACCCAGUGGAAGUGGCUUCAUUUGUGCAUUUAGACAUGAGCAUUACCAUAGAAUCAAGAUUUUCACU